UAAAGGUGUAAAAUGUCCUGCAGGUCAGAAACCGAACCGCUCAAUAAUCGGAUUUAGCGAAUCUGUGUAAUCGGGCGUGAAGCCGUUAGUGCAGCUGCACUGCCAAGGUACGCUGAGGGACUUUUAUACUGAAAGCGGAAUCCAGACGGAGUUUUAUAUGCGCGUGUGUGUGUGUGCGCGCCCAGCCCAGCUCAGCUCAGCUCAGCUCAGCUCAGCUGUCUCUCAGAGAGCGGUACCGUCCCGGUCCGGUAUGAGUGUGUUCAGGUCGGAUCUGUUCAGCGGGAUGGUGGCGAUCGUGACCGGAGGAGGAAGCGGAAUCGGAAAGGCCAUCGCAGCGGAGCUGCUGCAGCUAGAUGGUCCUCUGCUGCUCUGUUCAGGAUGCAGUGUGGUCAUUGCCUCUCGAAGGUUGGAGCGUUUGGAGGCCGCGGCUGAGGAGCUGAAGCGCUGUACCCCUGAAUUGUCCAGGCCACUCCAGGUCACCUCCAUUCGGUGUAACAUCCGCAAUGAGGACGAGGUAAAGAAUCUGGUGGCAUCCACGCUGAAGCUGUACGGCCGGAUAGAUUUUUUGGUGAAUAACGGCGGCGGUCAGUUCAGCAGUCCAGCGGCCAGCAUGAGUCUGAAGGGCUGGAAGGCCGUCAUCGACACAAACCUCACGGGAACCUACCUCUGCUGCAAGGAGGUGUACAGUGCAUGGAUGCAGAAGAACGGGGGGGUCAUUGUUAACAUCAUCGCCGAUAUGUGGAGGGGCUUUCCCGGCAUGGCCCACACAGGUGCUGCCCGCUCUGCAGUGGACAAUCUGACUAAAAGUCUGGCCAUUGAGUGGGCGGACAGUGGAGUCAGGAUCAACUCUGUGGCCCCGGGGACAAUCUUCUCUAAAACUGCGAUGGAGAACUAUAAGGAUCUCGGUCCCAUGAUGUUCCAGAAAGCUGUUCCAUCAAUCCCAGCAAAACGCUUGGGCUUCCCUGAGGAGGUGUCUCCUGCCGUGUGCUUCCUGCUCUCUCCGGCUGCCUCCUUUAUCUCCGGAGCGACGCUGAAGGUGGACGCAGGACAGAGUCUGUAUAACGUAGUGUGGCAGAUACCAGAUCACUCAGCGUGGCCAGUGGCUCCUGAAGGAGAGAACGUAAACGCUCUGAGAGAAAUUUUGAACAAUCUCAAAUCUAAACUAUAAAUUACAGCUGUAAUUCUCUGAGUGGCCUGCAGGGGGCGCUGAGAGAAUAGACUGAGUGAAUGAAUUAAAGCCUCAGGUGGAGGUUUUUGUAAUUACACCUUAAACUGAUCUGAUCAGUCAGGAUAAUCUGUCAUCAGAUUAUAAUAUAAUGAUUAAUCGGGAUAACUUGUCAUGAGGUUAUAAUAUAAUGAUCAGAUUAUACUAUCGUGUUGUUGUUAUUAUUAUUAUUAUGGGAUUGUAGAGCUGAUUGAUCAUAUAUUGAAGUCCUAAAAGUGAAUUUGUUCAAUUUAAACUGAUUAAACAUCGUCUGUCAGUAAUUAGGGUCACUGAUAUAGUGGCCCUAAAGACUGUGGGGCGAAUGGGACUGGA